CGUGGGUACCGCGGGCCGCGGCAUAAAGAGGACGUCGAUCUGCGCCGUGGAGUCUCUACCGGCGAGUGGGUGGAGAAACUGUUAGCCGAGCAAGCUGCGAGCCAGCCCGUAAGCGAGGAGGAGGAGGAUGGCACCACCGCGGGUGUGCGUGACCGGCGGCAGCGGGUACAUCGCCUCGUGGCUCGUCAAGCUGCUCCUCUCCCGGGGCUACGCCGUCCACGCCACCCUCCGCGACCCCAGUGACCAGAAGAACGCGCAUCUGAUGCAGCUGGACGGCGCGGCGGAGAGCCUGAGCUUGUUCAAGGCCGACGUGCUCGACCGCGCCGCGCUGGCCGCCGCCGUCGAGGGUUGCCAGGGCGUCUUCCAUGUCGCCUCCCCUGUUCCCGCGGAUAAGACCGUCGACCCUGAGUCAGAAAUCAUGGUGCCUGCCGUGAAGGGCACCCUAAAUAUUCUUGAAGUUUGUUCAUCUGUGAAGGUUCAGAAGGUUGUGGUGGUGUCAUCCACCGCUGCUGUUCAUUCAAACCCCAACUGGCCUCAGGGUAAACCCAAAGACGAGAGUUGCUGGUCCGACAGAAAAAUAUGCAUGGAGAAGGAGGCUUGGUAUAAUCUUGCUAAAACUGUUGCUGAAGAGACAGCUUGGGAAUAUGCAGAGAAGAAUGAGCUCAAUGUAGUUACUUUAUGUCCUUGUAUUGUUUUUGGGCCACAAUUGCAACCUGUUGUCAACACCACCAGUGAACUCCUCAUCUAUGUCAUAAAAGGGGGUCCUAAUGUGUUGAAUGACACGCCGUUGCAAAUAGUCGAUGUCCGUGAUGUGGCAGAUGCUUUGCUUCUGAUAUAUGAGAAACCAGAAUCAUCCGGGAGAUAUAUCUGCGCACCAAAUUACAUUAGCACAAAGGCUUUGCUGGAGCUGCUAAAGAAGAUGUACCCUGACUACAACUAUGUAAAAUGCAAGGCCGAUGCGCAUCAAAACUCUCCUGUCACGCCGGUUUCGUCGGCAAAAUUGAGUAAUCUGGGCUGGAAGCCGAGGGCAUUGGAGGAGACGCUCCUGGACAGCAUCGAAUACUACCGAAAGACAGGAAUUCUGCAGGAUGUGGAGGGACAGACCUACCGCCUUCCUGAUAUUUUCCGUCAUUAUCAAGCUGCCAACGAAUGAGUGCCCAGUGCUUUCUACAUAAGUCACUGUGCUUGUGACUUGCUGAAUGUUAUGUGAAAUAGUAAAGAAUAUGUUGGUUUUUUCAAUCUCAAGGGCAGAUGAUAGGAGACCAGAGAGUGAAGCUGCCCAUUGCCUACCGUAGAUAACUUUUCGGUUCAGGAUUGUAUCUCCUUAUUUUCUGCUGUGUUGUGUCGAGGUCUCCAGGAUGAUUAUGAAGAUGUUGUUAAGAACAUUUACCCUCAAUCGAUAAUAAAGGAGUAGACCUCCAAUUUCCGAUUUCA